CAGGAGGCAGCAUGGCAAAGGCCCUGCGAGACCAUCUGUUCGAUACCGUUAGAGAGCUGGGCGAGUCAGACCUGGUGACGUUUCGAGACAAGCUGAACCACUUCCAGCCCAAAGCCGGCUACAGCCGCAUCAAAUGGGGCGAGCUGGAAAAAGCUGGCGCCGUGGAACUCACCCGCCUGCUGAUCAACUACUACAGGGAGAGCUACGCGGUGGACGUGGUCGUGAGCGUGCUGAAGGCCAUGGACAAGCAGGACCUGGCACGCAGCCUGCACCAGGCCACAGGGCUGGGGGAAGAGAUGGACCUACGAUAGCACCGCGCUGCAGACUUCACAGGAGGGAGCCCGUGUGAAAGAGAUGAUGAACGCUGGAAUGAAGAUCGUGUCUUGCUACUCUACCAGGGCACCGUUUCAGACGGAAGGGGCAGCUCUAAUCGUUAAACCAUUCCGAUGAAGGCUUAGCCACCUGAGAACUCCUGUGGAGGAGGGUUGUGAGGUUCUAGUAAUACAUUUGGCAGAAUUUUGAAUGCCAACAAACACUGUUCCUCUAUAAAGAAAAAGAUAACACACAUACUUAAUGAAAGCCAGUACUUACAAUCUGCUUAUCCCCCGCUAUAACUGUUGGUUUUUAAAUGUCUUAUGGGCCAGUUGUGAAGAGGAGAAUAAGAUGGUUAGUUUCUUCCAGGAGUGUUUAAAACUAAUUAAAUGACUGAAAAACACUCAGCAAAAACAGAUUUCCCAGAGACCUACCCAAUCAACAGUCCAUAGCCACUUAACCAAAAAUCAGUUGCCCCAAAGUAUCCCAGUCUACUUAUUUAAACAAUUUUUUGUAUUGCCACAUUGGUCUAUAUCUUUAAGAAUCAUUAUCUGCAGUAUAAUUAAGUGAUGGAAGUUAGUACAGGCAGU